UUCACUUUGUUAGCUGUUCACUUAUUUUCUGAAUGACUCCCUCUCUCCCUCUAGCUGAGUGGAGAUGUGCCCCACACCCCCGCAUGCUCCAUGGGGUCAUUCCAUGGGAAAAGAAAGUUUUCCUGCAGCCCUGAGAGAAAUCCGGUUAUUUUCGGACAACACGUCACCGGUUUAAGUUGCAGCCCAGAAACUUCUUUCCAUCAUCUGGCUCCCUUUCUUCUCUCUCUCUCUCUGAACUUGUUGCACAGCUGUGUUGUUCCCUGCUCUCACGCACGGCGCCGCACGCCCGCAGCGGCGCACACACGAACUGGCAGCUUGAGGAAACGUCAGCAGGUUUCGUCUUGGAGCGGCUUGCAGCGUGACAUUGCAGUGCCCGUCUUCCUUUCAGCGAAGCGGCCACGGAUGGAUUCGAGGAUGGAUACGUGAAGGCAGAUGACGCACUGAGCCACAGGUAUUCAUUUAGGAGGAAAUAAUUCGGGAUUUCUGCAGGAAUCCCGAGUUUCUGCAUGAUAUUUCUUCCAUUUUUUGGUUUGAAAUCGGGUUUAUUUUAAAGGUGCAUACCUGUUUUUUGCAAACAUCACCUUGUUUUGGAGCGAAGUACCAGACCAUGUGAUAACCUUGAGCCUGUGCCACGCUGAGACAACAGGUUCAUUACGCACGACACUUUCUGUCGGAAAAUAUUGUUUUUCCCCAAUAAGCGACUAAUUUAUGCCUAUAAAAUAGCUGGAUCAGAUUAAUCCUGAGCAUAUGUGCUUGCAUGUGUGUUUUUAUUUCGCCCUUAGUGAGAGAGAGUGUACACACGUCAGCUCGGGGAGGGCAAAGCCUGCUUAAAAUGCAGCGUAUGUGACAGCCGAGCCCACAGUCCAGACCACAGCAGCGACUGGACGGGAAAGGUGAAGCGGGGAGGGGGUGGGGGGCACCAGCAGCAUGCCAUCCGGAGCAGCCCGCUCGCAGACGUGACGAGAAGGAGACCCGCGGAGCCACUCAGCUGGUGCCCAGAGACGCACGGAGGUGGAGGAGGAGGGACAGAGAGGACUGAGGUGCGGGAAGCGUCGCCCUUUCCUCGGGGGGGAACCAUGACAGUGGUGCCCGGGGAGAACCUGGAUGAGACUGUGGCGCUGACCACGCUGUCAGCCCAGGAUGUCUAUGACCCGGAGAGAACCGAGAACCAGGAGUGCUGCGAACGGGUGGUCAUCAACAUUUCCGGGCUGCGCUUUGAGACGCAGCUGAAGACUCUGGCCCAGUUCCCCGCCACUCUGCUGGGGGACCCGCGCAAGAGGAUGCGCUUCUUUGACCCGCUCAGGAACGAGUACUUCUUCGACCGGAACCGACCCAGCUUCGAUGCCAUCCUGUACUAUUACCAGUCUGGGGGCCGGCUCCGGAGACCAGUUAACGUGCCGGUGGACAUUUUCAUGGAGGAGAUCAAGUUCUAUGAGCUCGGGGAGGAGGUGAUCGAGAACUUUAAGGAGGAUGAGGGGUUCAUCAAGGAGGAGGAGCGGCCGCUGCCUGAGAAAGAGUUCCAGCGGCAGGUCUGGCUCCUGUUCGAGUACCCGGAAAGUUCCGGACCCGCCAGGGGUAUCGCCAUCGUCUCCGUGCUGGUCAUCCUCAUCUCCAUCGUCAUCUUCUGCUUGGAGACCUUACCCGAGUUUAGAGAGGAGGUCCGGAUCUUCGAGCUGAUCCUCGCGAACGGAACCGCGCGCGCCGACCUGCCGAACCCGUUCACGGACCCGUUCUUCAUCGUGGAGACGCUCUGCAUCAUCUGGUUCUCCUUUGAGCUGCUGGUCCGGUUCCUUGCCUGCCCCAGCAAACCCGCCUUCUUCAAGAACAUCAUGAACACCAUCGACAUCGUGGCCAUAAUGCCCUACUUCAUCACGCUGGGACUGGAGCUGGCGGAGCACCAGGGCAACGGUCAACAGGCCAUGUCCCUGGCUAUCCUUAGGGUCAUCCGCCUGGUCCGGGUUUUCCGGAUCUUUAAGCUCUCCAGGCACUCCAAGGGGCUGCAGAUCCUGGGGAAGACGCUGCAGGCCAGCAUGCGGGAGCUGGGUCUGCUCAUCUUCUUCCUCUUUAUCGGAGUCAUCCUCUUCUCCAGUGCCGUGUACUUCGCAGAGACUGACGACCCGGAUUCGGGCUUCAGCAGCAUCCCGGACGCCUUCUGGUGGGCGGUGGUUUCCAUGACGACGGUGGGUUACGGAGACAUGUGCCCUGUGACCAUCGGUGGGAAGAUCGUGGGCUCCCUGUGCGCCAUCGCGGGCGUGCUGACCAUCGCGCUCCCGGUUCCGGUCAUCGUGUCCAACUUCAACUACUUCUACCACCGCGAGACCGAGCACGAGGAGCAGUUCCAGUACACUCACGUGACCUGCGGCCAGCUGCAGCCGCCGUUUGGCGAGUUCAAACGGAGCGAUAGCCAGCCGUCGCUGUCCAAGUCCGACUACCCGGACAACGAGGACGCGGACUCCGUCAAGCCCACGAACUGCAGCCCGCACAAAGCCUACAGCGGGAAGCUGACGGACGUCUGAGCGCAGCCGGGAGGCUCAUUGUUUCUGCCAGCAGCGGGAAUGUUUUCAGUUGGAGCCAGAGGAUGGAAAACAACACAAUUCCCCAGAUUCCCUCCACCCCUUGACACGGUCUUCCAAUCUGCAGGAAAUCUCUGUAGCACUUUAUUGUCAUUAUGAUCCCCAGGAGUUCUGAUCCAUACCUGAUCCAAGUUGAAGGUCCCUCAGUGUUUGGAGCUUCCUGAUCCCACAGCACCUGGACUCACCUGGACGAACGACGGAGCAGAGCUGCUAGAAACAAAAAGAGAGGAUGUUUACCCAGCUGAUGGAGUAAAAACCUUCACUGUCUCCAGUGGAGUUUUAUCAGACUGAUGGAUGUUUAAAGGAAGAAUUGGAUGAGUCUUCACUUCAGACCAUCAUCAGGUUCUGGUCCCAACAGGGGAAGAUUCAUGAACCUCAUUAAACCAACCCUGCUGCCACCAUCUUCCUCCUCCUCCUCUGAUACAGAAAAAAAACAACAAAGCUUGGAUUAAAAACAAAAAAAAACUUCAUGGGAAACCCGGCUUACACAAGGACUCCAUGACUGAUUAUUACAGAGCACAGACUCUGAGGUACGACUCAAACACUACUUGAAUCAUCAGCUACGUCCUGCAUAUACUUAGAUGUUGUUUGGGAGGUCGCUCCUGUUGCCGUAGAGAAAAAGAACUCGUUAAGUGCUGUCUGUAUGUUGCAUAUCAUAACCAAACCAAAUCAUGUUACUGCAUGCAUGGAAAGUAGAGCAUGUAAACAGAAGAAAUAUGGGAACAUCAACAGCGUGCAGACACGGUGAAGUUAUUCUGUCAGACAGAUGACUUUAGUUUUUUAAUCUAUCAUACUGUAUAUGUUUUAUACAGAGAGGUUAACCUGAUGAAUUAUUUUGUAGAUAACUAACAUCUUUGUGUUCUUUUUUGCCUUGGUGAAAACAAAGCAGCUCUAGCAGGCAGCUCUGACAAAAAUGUCUGCACCAAUGGGAGGCAAAACGGGGGUUAAAGUCUGAAAAUGCAUUAAAUUCAGACAUCCGAUUAUAUCUGAAUGUUCCUGUUUGGAUUUACGAUCAGAAUGCUGUAUACCUGUUUUAUCACUGACAUCUACCUCAGUGUCAACUCACUGAAAACAGAAGCUUUAACAUCCGAAGGACUGAUUAUUAUCAUCAACACUGCUCAAGUUAUCUGAAAUAUUCUCUAAACUGUCACUUUUAUCCCUAAAACAUACAAAGAAGAAAACUAUAAAGAUAUUUUCACCCUGAUUUUAGGUAGAAAUGUUUCUGAAGAGAAAAUAAAUUAGCCUCAGAUGUUCAGCCUGAGUGAGAAAAGCAGUUUUUUUGCACAUUGGUUUGUUUGUUUUUGCAUUUUUUGUUAGUUUAAAAGGCAAUAAUUCUGCAGAGUGGCUCUACCUGUCUUAAGCAUUUAACAAGAAAUCGGACCAGCACACGUUUUUACAUCUAGAAUGUGGGAAAACAAACAGACUGGGAAAUUGCAGCAUUUUUUCUUGAUUAUUAAAUGUGUGCACAGGUUUUCUCCUGAUUUCUGGAAAAAUUAUAACAAAUACGUAAAUUAUUGGAGUAAGAUAUGCUGCAGGUGGAGACAAAUCCCCAAGAUGGCUGCAUAUAUCUUUGAACUUGCACAUUAUGAUCGCUGUAGUUUCUGUACUUUCACUGCAAAAUAUCUGGUUUUAACAGCAGAUUUUCACCAAAAUUAAAAUAAAAAUACAGAGCCAGAUUUUCUAGUAAAAAUGUUAACUACUUUGAGUAUACCUUUUAGUUUAAACUAAUAAAUAAAAACUCAUUUUCAGGUUUGGGAAGCGUUUGAUUUAAAAUGUUGGAGAAUUUUUAGCUUUUGACAUCACUGUUUCUCAGUGUAAAACUAUGAAAUCAGAUUGUUACCGAGAAUUAGACAUCGAUGCUAGCCUAUCACAGUGAUAUUCAUUUUUGUGUUGAGUAAAGAUCCCAAUUCAGCUUUCAGUGCCAAGCAGAAACUUCUGAACACUUGAGCAUGAGGGGGAUUUAAGCUUCGCUGAUACAUAUCAUUGUAUCAUCAGCGUAGAAGGUAUUUUGGUUUUAUAAGAUAAAUAUUAAGGGUGCCCAUUUCCAAGGCCUUGGAAUACUGAAUACUGAAUGGAGGCCGUUGCAUGAAUGUAAAAUUCAGACAGAAAGUGGAUGUUCUGCGCAAGGACAAGAGCCUCGUGGCUCGGUUACAACCCGAUCAUGGCAGUACUAUCAUUAUAGAUUAGUUUAAGUAGUAGUCUGAAUGUCAGGAACAUAUGCAACAAUAUAACUGAAAUGGCUGAAAAGGUAUGGAGAGCACAGCAAGGUAUUCAUUCAGAGCCAAGGAACCCUAAGGGAUGUGAACCAGCAGGUUCAUUGACCAACCACAUGUGGACACUUAUUGAUGUCUAACAGUGGUUGAAAAGUUCUUGGGAUGAUCAAAUAAUUCAACAAAGCCAGAUUUUUAUCAUGUUUGUUUAGGCUAAACUUUUUAUUAAUUUUCAGAGUUAAAAGAACACUAAUCAUACAACCCUAAAAAGCCAUGAAAAGAGUAAGGAUUGUGAAGUUGGGGGCAACUACAUCAUACAGCAAGCCAUUGUAGCUUUGUAAACUUUACAGUAUAUCUGUCAAAAAUGUGGGUAUAGCACAAUUUUAAAUCUCUUCAAAAUUUAGCUGAAAUGUUAUCACAACAUUUUAUUGGUAAAUGUUAAUUUACUUUGGCUUGUUGCAUAGUUUUCCUUAGUCCUGGAUGCAGGGAUAGCGCCACCUGCAGCCUAUCAGCUCAACCUUUGAACCAGCAAAAAUAAAACAAAUUCAAGUGAAAGAUUCUUUUUUUAAUAUAUAUUGAAAUUUGGGUGGAAAUGUGUUAUUCAUUUGGACUAAAAGCUAGCUGACGUAGGGUGAGAAUGCAGUAGAUUUCCAUUUGUGUAAAUAGAUUCCAACUCUCGCUCUCUUCUUAAAUAUUUAGUGUAUCGACAAACCUGCAUUACUGCAACCCACAUAAAUACAGAAGUUCAUCCACUCUGCAGCUUUUGUCCGACCAUAAAUGCUUUUCUGAGGCAUAAAAACAGCCGAGGGAGAUUUCGAUUUGACUGAAGCACUGAUGAAUAAUGUCUUCUGCAUACUGUAAGUGCAAUAAUAAUAAUAAUGCAACGUUUCCAUUGUGAGUGCAGCAGUGUGCUGAUGACAAAAGACAGCAGAAACUGUCAUCAGAUUGCAUAUGUUCACCCUAGCUGCUCCUAUGUCUUUAUGCUUCAUUUCUAAGCUACAAACUUCAGUUUGCAGCUUUGAGUCAUUCUCAUCCUAUAACAAGAAGCAAUCGAUUCCUGUAUUGUGGAAGGAGUGUAUGCAAAAUGCAUUAUGAUUUCUUUUGUUUUUCUUUAUUCCAUCUGUUAAUUUUUGACAAUGUUCUAUUGUGAUCUAUUUUUGAUAAAAUAAAUCCUUAAUUCUGAAAAAUCUCCAGGUGUUUUACAUGACCGCACAUGCAGAGGCGUCACUUUCUGUUUAUUGCAUGUAUGUUCAUGUGGCUCUGACAUUUUCAUGAGUGUAAAGCUGGUUUUAAACUGGUUUUAACCUCAGUUAGCUUCAUUCAUCCUGUAGGUAGAAGAGUUUGAAUUCUGCCUUGAACCAAAAUAGUUGGGAUUUUAAACAAAUGUGUAAUGUACAAACUCAAGUUCUAUCAGCAACUAUUACAAACUCCUACAACAUUCUAAUAAAGAAAGAAAAAUUAAGUUAUUAAUAGGAUGAACUAGCAUUACGAUGUUAUUAUUUUGAAAGAAAUCUAAUAAUUAAAGCAGUGCAAGAAAUUAAAUUAAGUCAUUUGAAUGGCUUGCAAUAAAUUAGCUUUUUUUUCUUUUAUCGCAUAGGAAGUCUUAGCCUUUAUAUACAGAAUUGACUCAUUGAACAAAAUGGUUACAUUUGUACUCCAUCUAUGAGUUCUUUUAUCUAAUUCAUCUUUUACAUUAUCUGCUCAAGUGAGUGAAUAGUUCUGCAAAUGGGAUAAUCUUUCUAAACCAGCCUGGCCUUUUGUAAAGAAAAUAAAAUUGCCAUCUCAUCCUGAUGACUGAUUGUGGCACCCUUGAAAUGCCGUCAAUAAUGAUAGCUGGCCACGAUUCUCUGCAAAGGAAUUUUGGCCAACUCUGCUUUGCAGAAUUGUGUUUGAUUCAGCCACAUUGGAGGGUUUUAAAACAUGUUUGAGGUCAUGCCACAGCAUCUAAAUUGAUAUUACUUAUUACUUGUUAUUACUUUGACUAGACCACUUCAAAACCUUUAUUUUACAAAAUUCUAAAUCACUGUGCAAGUUUUACACUGUAUAUAAUUUGAUGCACAUCUUCCAAAACGUUCCACUUGUGUCUUGUUAGUACACAGAACAUUUUGUAAAAUUAUUGGACGUCAUCAACAUGUUUUUGGUAAAUGUCAAACAGCACUUGGUUUUCUUUUUACUCAGCAGUUGUUUUUACCUUUAAACUCUGCCAUAGAUGCCAUUUUUCAUAGAUCUUAACUGAGGCAAUCGGGGCUUGCAGUGUUUUCGAUUUUGUUUCAGCUUAUUUUAUGUCCUUCUAGGUGAUCCGUCAAUGUUCUCUGUAAUUUUGCUAGAAAGAUCCCAGCUGAGAAAGUUUACCGCUGCUCCUAUUAUCUUCGUUUCUGGAAAAUGGCUCGCUGGAGUCUAAAAGUCUUUGAAAUUGCUUUUGUAACCCAUUCAGACCAAUGGAUGUCUCCUCAUCUGUUUGUAAAUUUCUUCCAACUUGGUAUUAUUGUGUUGCUUUUUAAAAUCGUUUAGCCUACUUCAUACCAAACAGAACCUUUUUAAGAUAUUUCUUGAUUCUAUGGCCUGAAGAAAAUAAAGAUUAAAACAAACAACAAUGUGGUAAUAACAAUUCAUGGUUUCAAACAAGGGCAGAUACUUGUUUACCAAGGGCCAAGUUGGAUACAUUUUUCCCUUAAAUCAUCUUUUUAGAUCAGUAUUUACUCAGGUUAUUUUUGUCUGAUAUUAAAAUUUGUCCGCUGAUCUAAAACAUUCAUGCGUGACAAAAAAUGUAAACAUAUCCUUCUAUACAUUACUUACCACAGUUUUAGGCAUUUUAUUUCAAAUAAAAUGUACUUCUGGAUGUACAUCCCCUCUGGUUUAUAAAUACAUAUAAGCAUUAUUUAUUUAAAAGAAAAGGUUCAGCAUCAAACCUCAAACUAAAAAAUCUUAAGCCAAUCAGAAAACAACAUAAUGGCCGCCACAUGGCAGGUGCACCACAUGCAGGGGCCACAGUCCUCAAAGCAGUUGUCCCCGGUCCAAUUACCGGCCCGGGGUCCUUCUUGCCGUCCAGCUACUAAUAAUUACGAAUAAUGGCCGCUAGUAAAGUAAAGAAAAAACACAAUAUUCAAGCAUGCAUGUGGAAACCAACAUAGCAAAUCUAAUUUAAUUUAUAUUCAAGGAAUCCGACCUUGCUUGAUGGAAAAUGGACAGAUUUUGAACUUUUUAUUUAACUUAAGUUGUUCUUCAAAAUGAAUUUCAUCACCAUAUUAAUGUAUACAGUAAGGUAUCAUUUAAGGUGUCAUUUUAUUGUGUGGUUAUGUAAAAUGCGCCACUAAUAAGAAACCAGCAGUUCUCCAUCUAUAUGCAAUAAAAGAUCAAAUUUAAAUAUCAUCUGUAAAUUCGUCUGGUUGUUUUUAUCUGUGCAUAAAACCUUUAUAGUGCCUUAAUCAGAAUCUGUUACCAUUAUUUUAACUAACCAGUAAAGAUAAAAAUGUGCAUCCAUGUUAACACUACAGUGAUGCAACCGACUGGUUGUACAUAGAAAUAUUGUCUCAUUGAUAAAUGUAUUGAAUGUAGAGUACUCAGUCUUCCUGUGUGAUAAAGUAAAGAAAAAUAAACCUUAAAUACUUCAUUGAGAAAAUGAGUUUAGGAUGAUUUUCAGGAUAUCUGAUUACUUUUGUCAUAAAACGUUUCAUUUGUUAUACCUUUUCUUAUGUUUAAUUGAUUUUUUUUUAAAGUCAGCGAUAAGAUAGAACUGCCUAAAUGGACCUUAAAUCUUGGCUUUUAACAACACUGUUCAAUUGUUUCAAAGAAAAAUAAUGUUAGACCCAUGCAGGCAUGAGUGUAACAACUUCAGUGUAUUUUCAUGUAUUCAGGUCUCAAUCUGUCUUUAUAUUGAUGUUCUCAUGCUGCGGCACCAGGUCCCAUUAAUGCAACAGAUAAAGAAAAAAAUACAUACAUAUAAAUAUAUGUAUAUAAACAGUAUACAAACUGUCUGCAAAACCUCAACUUGUGCCCUGUGUUUUGUUCUAAUUAUAAAUGAUAUUUUUGUUAACUUGAGUGUCUGUAUAUGUUGCUGUAUGACAGCUAUAUUAGAAAGAAAAAAUGAGCCUUUCAAAAUGUAAUACAUAUAAAUGGCUUCAAACAAACUGUGUAUGCACAACAGAGUCAUUCUGAAUCCUAGUUGUGACGUUCAAUGUGGCCUUUACUUUCUCUUUCAUGUACUGCAAUGCUGUAAAUUAUUUGUAAAAUAUGAUGUUUAUCAAAGUUACCAAGGCUUUAUGUUUUUAAAAGAUAUGUUUAAUAAAUAAAGAACUGUGCUAAUCCUAA